GUGGUGAUUGGGCGGUGCCCAGGAGUCGCUCGGGCGAGGAGCGGGCGCGCGAGCGGGAGUUCCUGCAGGAGGCCCGGGCAGAUGGCAGGCGCCUUCACCAUGGCCUCGGCCCAGCUGGACUACACUAUCGAGAUCCCGGAUCAGUCCUGCCGGAGCCAGGAGAACAGCCCCAACCAAGGCGGGAAGGAUGCGGGGACUCGGCAGCCUUUGGUGAUUCUCUUGGGCUGGGGUGGCUGCACUGACAAGAACCUGGCCAAGUACAGCGCCAUCUACCACAAAAGGGGCUGCAUCGUGAUCCGAUACACAGCCCCAUGGCACAUGGUCUUCUUCUCUGAGUCCCUGGGCAUCCCUUCACUUCGUGUCUUGGCCCAGAAGCUCCUUGAGCUGCUCUUUGAUUACGAGGUGGAGAAGGAGCCCCUGCUCUUCCAUGUCUUCAGCAACGCCGGCGUCAUGCUGUACCGAUACGUGCUGGAGCUCCUGCAGACCCACCGGCGCUUCUGCCACCUGCGUGUGGUGGGCACCAUCUUUGACAGCGGUCCUGGUGACAGGAAUCUGGUAGGGUCUCUGAGGGCCCUGGCGGUCAUCCUGGAGCACCGGCCUGCUGCGCUGCGCCUGCUGCUCCUGGUGGCCUUCGCCCUGGUGGCAAUCCUGUUCCACAUCCUGCUCGCUCCACUCACCGCCCUCUUCCACACCCUCUUCUAUGACAGGCUGCUCGAUGCAGCCUCUCGCUGGCCCGAGCUCUACCUCUACUCGAGGGCCGACGAGGUGGUCCUAGCCAGGGAUGUGGAGCGCAUGGUGGAAGCACGCCUGGCACACCGGGUCCCAGUGCGCUCCGUGGACUUUGUGUCAUCUGCACAUGUCAGCCACCUUCGUGAUUACCCUACUUAUUACACGAGCCUCUGUGUCAACUUUAUGCACAGCUGUGUCCACUGCUGAGCUCCUUGCCCUACCCACCUCAUCUCUGUUCCAGAAAUAAAUGCCUGGCAGCUCCCCACAACCUA